AUGAGAAAAUUCUUCAGUCAAAAAUCUAAACACAAGACAACAUCAACAUUGACAGGUUCAUCAUCGACCACAGGAACACCAUUUAUUAAAGAUGAUGAAUUACAAAUAACAAGCAGUUUAACAAGAAAAUGCAAAUCACAGACAACGCCUAGUCAAUCUCAAGUUUUAACAAAUUCAGCAGCAGAUCUUAUCUUUGAACCGACAAUUAAUGAAAACAUAUCAUCCGAACAAAAUCUUAAUACUCAAUUCAAACCAGAUGACAAUGAAGAAAAAUCAAAAAAACUAUUUGUUGUUGUUUCGGACGUCGACUCAACUGGUGCAUCAUCGGUGCCAACAACAGCAACGGUAUCCAAUGAAAAUGCUGAUUCUCAUUUAUUAAGUGUUGAGGAACGUGAAUCGAGUGAACCGGUGACUACACUUCAACAAUCUCAUUAUCAACAACAUCCCCUAACGCGUAAACGUUCAUCAACUGGGUCAGGUCAACAUCUAGUUCGUUAUCGUGAACAAAAUUCGAAGAAAUUCGUUGAAGAACGUCUUCGUCGACGCAGUUGGAUGGUCUCCCAAGCACAGUUAUUAUCAACAUCGUCGAAUUGUUCAAAUGUGAUGUCAACAUCGGUAAACAAUUCACAAUCGCCUGAGAUUCUUUCGCAUAAUCAACAAACAACAAAUCUCUCCCGUUUACGUCGUUUACGUUUAGGACAAUCAGAGCCUAAUUUGAAUUCAGUACAGAUGAAUUACUUCUAUCAGAUAUCACCGUCACUUAAGUCAUCGCCUCGGACAUCAUCAUCAACAACAAAUGAACAAAAUAGUUCGCAGACAAAUCAAUCCAAUUCUGCCAACCAUCCAUUAACACCAUCACAAAGUCAACAAACGCAACAUUUCUUUCCCUAUCCAUUGCGUCGACCAAGUUCACGUCGUUCGAAUUUAUCCAGUUUGAAUCUAAUCAAUUUGAAACAUGUGCUAAGAAAACAACUAUCUCCUCAACAACAAAUCUUAUGUCCAGCAUUAUCUGAACCACAAGACGCAAAUAAAACAGCGAAUGCGUUCAAUCCAUCGUCCACCAGUGCAUUUAAACCGAUCGUGAAUCUCGAUGAUAAUUCCAACCGUCGAUGGUCAUUAACAUCAGCUCCAUCAUCAAGUGGUUACGGAACAACAACACCGAUAACAUGCCAUUCACACGAAAGUUCACAAUACUCAUCAUCGGAACGUCUUCAACAUCAGCAACAACAACAACAAAGCCAACAACAUGUCUGCACGUGUAAACAACCAAGCAAUCUACCGAAUUCCAACGAAGGAAGUUCAUCGAAUGGUAGUCCACAUGAUGAUUUCGCCUAUGGAAGUUUACAACGUUUAGAAUCACGCUCAUUGUCAAUGUCGAUGCUCGAUGCGAAUAUCUCCUCAUCGCCAUGUAAAAUGAUGACUAUGCCCGCUCAGGACAUGAAUACAAUGGCAUACAUCUACAAGGAACGUUAUCCCACUGCGAAGGUACAAAUGGAAGAGCGUCUACAAAACUUCAUUGAUACGCAUAAAACAGUUGAUAAAUACGAAUAUUGUUCGGACGGAUCAGCUCGAUUCAUUCAUAAUCAAAUUAUUGAAUUAGCCAAAGAUUGCUUGGAAAAGUCACAUGAAGAUUUAAUAACAACAUUGUACUUCAAUGAAAUGACAACGAAUCUAGAGCGUUUGUUGUUGAAUGCAAAGGAAAAAUGUCCACAAGCGAUUGAAAAUCUGCAAACUGUCGCGCGAAAUCUUCUGUUAACAACAGCACGAUCAGCACGUCUAUUAGAAUGUUUAGAAUUCGAUCCGGAAGAUUUCUUGCGAACGUUAGAUGAAGUGGAGUGUCAAGCGAAGAUCAAUGGAAACAUUAAACAAGAUAUUCCGAAAUAUAUUUGUUCAAAGCUUAACUUAGACCGGAAUCCACUUGAAGUUAUCGACGCAUUACAGGUCAAUGAAUCAAGUGAUCUUGAACGACAUGAUUCUGUCGAUAGCAAAACGAGUGUUGGUCUAUCGGAAAGCGAAAGCGAAUCAUUAACAGAUUCGAACUAUUUAACUAUCACACCGAAUUCUACGUUUCCACCGAUUGAGCAUUCAUUGUCGACCAAAGCUCCAUGUGAAGACGAUUUCGAAGUGAUUAAACUAAUCUCGAAUGGAGCCUAUGGUGCCGUUCACUUAGUCAAACAUCGUCAAAGUCAGGAACGAUAUGCAGUGAAGAAGAUUUCCAAGACUCAUCUAAUCUUACGAAACCAAGUCGAACAAGCUUUUGUCGAACGCGACAUCAUGACAUUUACUGAUAAUCCAUUCGUUGUUGCAUUGAUAUGCACAUUCGAAACGAAAAAGCAUCUAUGUCUUGUGAUGGAGUACGUCGAAGGUGGAGAUGUUGCUACAUUAUUAAAAAACAUCGGUGGACCUUUGAAUAUCGACAUAGCACGAAUGUAUUUUGCUGAAACAACGCUGGCUGUGGAGUAUCUUCAUUCCUAUGGUAUUAUUCAUCGUGAUCUUAAACCAGAUAAUCUGCUUAUAACAGCUGUUGGCCAUAUAAAACUAACCGAUUUCGGCUUAUCGAAAAUUGGUUUGAUGUCAUUAACAACGACUUUUUAUGAAAAACAUAUCGAUAAAGAAACGAAAGCAUUCAAUGAUAAGCAAAUAUGCGGAACACCGUCAUACAUAGCGCCUGAAGUUAUUCUUAGAAAAGGUUAUGGCAAACCGGUCGAUUGGUGGAGUAUGGGUAUUAUUUUAUAUGAAUUUUUAGUUGGUGUACCACCCUUUACGGGUAAUACACCUGACGAAUUAUUUGUGAAUGUUAUCAACGGACAAAUCGAAUGGCCUGACAUUCUCGACGAGUCAACUCUUGAUUUGUCUUCGUCGACAUGUUUCGACUCAUCGGAACAAGUCUUUUGUCCCGAGGCGAAGAGUUUAAUUGAACAACUCCUUGAACAUGAUCCAUCGCAACGUUUGGGUACAUUAGGUGGUGCUUUAGAAAUUCGUGCACAUCCAUUUUGUGCUUGUAUUAAUUGGAAUACUUUAUUACGUGAAAAAGCUGACUUCGUACCAGUAUUAGAAUCACCUGAUGAUACAUCGUAUUUUGAUACGCGAGAAGAUCGUUAUCAACAUUCAGAUGAUGAUGUUUUAUCAUCGACGACGAAUAAACAAACACAAGUAGCAUUACCUGACAAUGAUUCCGAUAUAUUAUUCGCUUCAUUUUCAUCCGUCUCGUUAAAAUAUGUUUCAGAACUAUCGGGUAAUUCGAAACAACGUCAUUCAAAUAAAACUCAACACCCUCAAGACUCGACAACAACAAACACAACUGCAUCGGAGGUCUCAUCAACUGAUGUAUCAAGAACGAAUUCAUGUUCCGAAUGUUUUAAUCCUGAUAAUAUUAUAAGAAUUAAUUCACCAAGUGCUUUUCAACCACUUGUUAUGUCCCAAUCAAUGCCACCACAGACAAGAGAUAAGGUUGAACCAUCGCCCGUUCAGCCAACAUUUGGUUCGGAUACUUUUGAACCAUUGCUUGUCUCAUCAGAUGAUAAUUCUUCAGAAACACCAUCUCAUAAGAAUAAUUCCGUAGCAUCAGCUGGUUCCGAUAAGCUUUUAUUAUCGAAUAUAUCACUGUCAAGACAAAACUCUUCCUCAUCAUCGUCACUUUCAUCAUCAAUUCCAAAUUCUACAUUAACCCCGAUAACAAAAAAUGUUGAAGAAAAGAAAACAGCUGCAAUCACUACUAGUACACCUUCGACAACAACGAAACAUUACAAGCAACGUAAAACGUCACUCAGAUUACUUGAACAGCAAAAUGCGAAUGAUAGUGGUGAUGACAAUCAACAGCAAAAAGGUAAACCCCGCCAUCAUUACCACCAUAAGAAAGUGCGAAUACCUCGAGUCCUAUCUCCUCUACGUCCAAAACAAUCAACAACAUCACCAACACCAGCGAGUAAUAUUCCUAUUCCAUCAAAUACAAAAUCACAAGACGUCAUACAAUCAAAUAAAUCAAAUAACUCGUCAACAUCAUCACAAACUACACCAAAGGCAGCCGUUAUCAAUGAAACUGAAUUUAAAAAAUCAGCUUCAUCCAAUUCGUUGAUACCAGCACCAACACAUAAAGUUAUUUCAUCUAAUCUAACAACAACAACCACAACGACGUUGACGACCACAUCAGUAGCAAACACAAACCGACCGAUUAAAUACAAUAAUCAACAACGAAGUUUUCCACGAUCUUUAUCGAAGUCAUUUUCAUCGUCUUCUUCGUCGUCAUCACCGCCGCCACCAGUAUGGUUUAACAAUCCAGAUGAUCGUUCUUAUCGUCAUACACAACGUCAUAACAUGGCUGUCUCGCCUCUCGAACGUGAUACAACUCUCCGAGCCCAUCAACAAAAUUCAUUUUCAUCAUCGACAAUAUCUCCUGUACACUCAUUAACACACAAUCUUCGACCACCGAUCAUCAUUCGUCGUGGUCCACGCAGUUUUGGCUUUACAUUACGUGCUGUGAAAGUCUUUCAUGGUAACACCGACUAUUAUACAACACAACAUGUUGUCGUCGCUGUUGAAGGCCCAGCUGAAGAAGCUGGCCUAAGGCCGAAUGAUGUUAUUACUCAUGUGAAUGAACGUCCUGUUGCUGGUCUUCUACAUCCUGAAGUUGUGAAAUUAAUUUUAAGUGGUUCACCGAAAUUGUCUAUCCGAGCAAUUCCUUGUUCAGAAACUCAGAUACGUACUGGUGGACGACGUCGUUCGCCUUCAAAACAGAAGAUUCGCUAUCAACAGCAACAUUAUUACGAUAACAAGAAAACUCAAACGAGCAAUUCAUAUCAUCAACCAUAUUGCCUAAAAUAUCGAACGAACUCGUCAGGAAACUCUUCCAGUAUUAAUUCAAAUAAUAGUAAUGGAAAUAAUGCAGUAACUAAUCCAAAUAAAAAGCAUCCACAAAACAAUUCACUCUUUCGACGUUUGAGUGAAAGAAAAGUAGCACGAGAUAUGGAAGCAGCAGCCGUCGCUGCUGGUCUCCCAUUAACCAUUCCAACAACGUUUAUAACCAAUACCAAUUUAGCACAUACAUUAACAACGACAAACACAUCUAUACUCUCGUCAUCGUUACCAUUACUUUUGUUUAAUAAUCAAUCGAUUCAUGAACAUAACAACGAAAGAUCUGCAUCAGUAAAUUAUCAUCAACCUCGUCCCAACAUACUUGAUUCAUCCGAAUGGCCACCACUUCAAGCACCGCUCAAACCACCGACACCGACUGGCACUGAACCAGAUUCUCCUCAACCCACACUAUUACCAUUAAUUGCCAGGCAGAAAUCACAGAUAUCUGUUUCGCCUUUGGCUAAAUGUCCUUCAUCGGCAACAUCAUCGAGUACAACAAAUUCAAAUCUACCGACAUCAAAUCCAUCUACACAUCACUCUCUUUGUAAAACCCUAUCUGAACCACCCGUUUUUCCUCAUCAGCAUAGCCAGAUUCAAUAUCCGUCUCGACAGAACCGUCAUGAACAGAAACCAAGACGAAAUCAUUGCUAUGUACCCAUGGCAACAACUCAUAAGAAGAAAGUUUUUCAUCAGACACCUGUUCAUCCAUCAUCUUCGAUAUCUCAACCGCCAUUCAUUUUGGAAACUAAUCUCAAUCGAAACGUUCAAGCAAGUCCAAAUUAUCUCGAUGUAUUCCAUCAUGAUCAAUUAACUCGUUCAUCUUGA